AUGGACUUGGAAGCCCGCAACCACUCGCCGCCGGCGCGCAGCAAGUCGACGACGAUGCGGCGCCUCCUGAUGGCGCUCAACUGCGUGCUGCUCGGCGUGGGCAUAACGGGCGGGCAGCUCCUCAGCCGCCUCUACUACAACAACGGUGGCCACCGGCAGUGGCUCUCCGCGUGGCUCCAGACCGCCGGCUGGCCACUGCUGCUGAUCCCGGUGGCGGGCUCCUACGCCAGCCGCCGCGCGCGCGACCGGGGCGCUCCAGUCCUUCUCUGCCCGCCGCGCGUCCUCCUCGCCGCCGCCGGGCUCGGCCUCAUCACGGGCGCCGACGACUUCCUCUACGCCUGGGGGCUCAAGUUCCUGCCCGUCUCCACCUCCGCGAUCCUCAUCUCGACGCAGCUGGUGUUCACGGUGCUCUUCGCGUUCCUCCUCGUGGGGCAGCGGCUGACGGCGCCGACCAUGAACGCUGUGGCGCUGCUGACGGUGGGCGCCGUCGUGCUGGGGCUGCACGUCUCCUCCGACCGCCCCGCGGGGGUCACCAGGGGCCAGUACUGGCUGGGCUUCGCGCUCACCCUCGGCGCCGCGGUGCUGUACGGGGUCUUCAUGCCGCUGGUCGAGCUCGCGUACAGGUGCGCCGCGGGCGGCGGCCGCGCCCUGACGUACGCGGUGGCCGUGGAGCUGCAGCUGGUCAUCGGGUUCGUCGCCACCGCGUUCUGCACCGCCGGCAUGGUCGUCAACAAGGACUUCCAGGUCGUUGCCGACUGUCGCCCGCCCCACCGGCCGUUGUCGCCUGCUAAAGACGACUAUCUUUGCUUCGACAACAACCACCGCGCCCGCCGAAGAUGA